AUGCAGCCAGCAGUUACCAACACCAACGUCUCUUACACAGUUCCUGAUGGUGUGACAGUCACUGCUGUACCAAAAAGUUCUCUGCCAGCAAUAUUUAUCGGAGAACGUUUGAUCGUCUACGCCAUCCUUCGUCAAAGCUCGCCGCCUAGUAAGGCACAAAAAGGAUCAAUAUGUCUGAGCGGAGAUUUACUCGGAGCGAAAGUUAAACACAAGAUGAAGUUUCAAAUUCCACUUGCCGUGACGAAAGAGAACAUGCUGCAGGUCUCGACUAUUCAUCAUCUUGCGGCCAAAAAGUUGAUUAAAGAAAUAGAAUUAGAUUUCGAGAGUAGAUAUGGUCUGAUGAAUACAGAGAUAAUUCAGCUCAGUUGUGAUUCGAAUGUCAUAUCUUCCCAAACGGCAUUUAUCGCCAUUGAUGAAGAACGGAAGGAGGCGGUGAAAGGAAGCUUGGAAACAUGGAAUAUUCUGCCUGAUAUCGAGGAAGAUUUAUCCAUGGCUUGUUCCUUUGGCUAUGAGUCUGAUGAUUCUGACCCGGAAUUCUGUAGCUAUGGGGCUAAGAAGUCAUUGGGGAGUGCAGCACUGGAAAGUAGUGGUUUUCUGCUUGAUGACGAAGCAUUCCUGAAUUUUAGAUAUGAGCCCGAGAAGUCAUUGGGGAGUGCACGACUAGAACCUGGGCGUUCUCUGCCUGCUGACGAGAAAAAAUCAUUCAAAGUGAGCAUUAAAGCAGAACAUCCUGAUGACGAGGACCACGAGGCAGACCGGUUGGGUUGUCUUCCUGUGGCUGAUUCCUUUCCGCCUAAGCGUAUGAUGGCAAGGAAGGGCUGUGCACCACCACCACCACCUCCACAAGUAAGUUCUCACUAUGGGGCGAGUGCGCCACGUCCACGAAAGGCCACAAAUGCGCCAUUGACUGAAGAUCAAAACAUCCUUACUAAAGGUUCGACUGCAACGAAUCCACUUACAAGUAUCAUCAACCUUCAACUGGCCAGCGGUGCUUGGAAAAUGUCUGCAGAGAUGGCAGGUGUGAUGGCUAAAUCCACGGCAGAGAUGAAAAACGCAUGUCCAGUGCGUUGCGAAGGUGACAUGGAAACAAUCUGGGCGACGGUGAUUGUUUUCAUUUAUCUAGAACUUCGACAGUCAAAUUUCAGAGAUGAAUGGGUGUUGAUUGCUGGAAAGGCUCAAACAUGGCUGAAAAAACAGAAGCUUCCUGAAGGAUGUUCCAUUCAAGUUUUACUUGAAAAAGCAACAGCAUUUCUCUCUUGA